AUGUUUCGUCUCAUCAGUUUAGUGAUAAUUUCGGUGUGGAGUUUUGGAGUAGUUCGAAGUGCUGCCAUUCUGGAAGGUCGUCCCUACCAUGAUGAACCGUACUAUCCGACCGAUUUGGAUGGAGCUAAUUCUUCCAAGUAUCGGGAGCUAUCAGCUGGCUUGAAAUGGAGCAAAUCCCUGCUGACCUACAACAUAAUCAACUAUCCUGCUGUCGUUCCACGGGAAGUGAUCGGGAGUACAAUUCGACAAGCUUUCGAUGCAUGGAGCGCAGUCACCAAUUUGGACUUUAUGGAAGAUGCCGAUGCUGGUCGGGUGGACAUUCAGGUCAGUUUCGAAGGCAUGAAUCACUAUCGCAGAGGUGUACCAUGUCAAUUUAGUCAGGAAAUUACACUAGCUCAUGCCUUUUUUCCGGAAGCCGGUGACAUUCACUUCAACACCAAGUAUUUUUUCACCGAUGAUACUUCGAUUGAGCAGUUUUUGAACACAGCCGUUCACGAGAUCGGACAUUCGCUUGGUCUCCUACAUUCCUCAUCGAGAGAUUCGAUCAUGUACGGUGCACAGUUGAAUAACUUUCUUUCCAAACCUCAGCCGGAAGACAUUCAGGCCAUCCAAGCAAUAUACGGAGUUCGUUCAGAAACACGACCAACGACACCAACACCUCCGACUACACGUCCAACGUCGAAAACACCCAAACCACGGACGACCACCAAGCUUUGCUCUCUACAAUCCUUCGACACCAUUGUCAUCGACCAUCGAGGGGACAUUUGCGUACUGGCCGAUCGAUUUUACUACAACCUGAACGAAACCAACCCGCCGGCACGGAAACUUUCCGCCAAAUGGCCCAAGCUGCCUCCGAAGGUGGACGCUGCCGUGACCUACCGUGAUCAGAAGACGUACUUUUUCAAAGGUCAACAGUACUGGAAAUAUGAUCGACGGCAGCUGGAGGAGCGCUACCCACGCCCAACUGCUGUUGGAUUCCCGGGGGUACCGCCGAACCUCGACGCAAUGCUGCUCGUCAAAGGCGGGGGAUUUCUCGCUUUCAAAGAUCAGCAGUACUGGUUUUACGAUACGCGAAAAGCGAAACCAGUCGAGUGGUACUACCCGAAGUCAACCCGAAGUGAAUUCGCGGGCUUCCCCGAACGGCUGGAUGCAGCGCUGGUCACACCGGAAGGCCGAAGAUUCAUAUUCAGUGGACUGCGGUACUGGGAAAUCGACGAUAACAGCAACGUAAUCGGACGAGAGGGGAACGUGCGGAGAGAUUGGUUCAAUUGCUGAAUUCGUUUCUGUGAAACGAAUUUAGCAGCCUAAUCGUUAUCGCUUAGUAUUUCAGUGUUACUCAGGAAUUAUGUCGUAUGUCGAUAUCUAUGACUAAGUAUGAUUAAGGUUUUCAUAGUUUCGAAAAUUAUUAAUGUGAAUUAUUUAGGAUAGCUUCAACGAAUGUUUCAAUUUAUUUAUACUAGAGGGUAAGAAUUUAUUAUAAUGCUCUAAAUCACAUUAAAUCACUUGAUUUUUCUUUCAAAAAUUGUUAGUUUCUUAGUGGCAGUAGGCAGUCUUAUAAAAGAGGA